CUUGAAGAGACUUCAGCGUUCAGUAACGAACCAAUAUUUGGAAUAAUCGCCACGUGAUUACACAAAUCGAACAAAUUCAAAGAAAAUUCCAGUGACUUAAUGUAAUCCUGUGAGGACUUAUUUUUUGGAAAUUGGUGACUAAAUUUUGACUAAAGUUUUCGUAGUAUGGCAGCUUUUAGAACGUUUAGAAAAAGCUUGGGUUCUUGUACAAUGGAACUCCAAAACAAAAAGUCAAGUAACCACACGGACAAUGGUAAACAGCCGUGGUAUGGGUCAAAGUCAAGUUGCCAAACGGAUAAAAGCAGCAGUAAUGAUGAUGUAUUUAUGACAUUUCAAUCAAAGGAUCCCAUAAUAUCGAUACCAAUGCAAGAAAAAUCCUCAAAAGAAAAAGCAGCUGGUGGACAUGGGCUGACAGUUGAACACCCGACAUCAUAUGUUGAGACCAUAAUGCAUUUAUUUAAAGGGAAUGUUGGCUCGGGAAUUUUUGCCAUGGGUGAUGCAAUAAAAAAUGCCGGAAUACUGCUUGGACCUGGGGUUGUUCUCAUAUUGGGAAUUAUUUGUGUACAUUGUCAACAUUUAUUGUUAUCAGCAUCUAAAACUAUGGUUGACAAGCUUCAAUUAACAGAAGCACCAGACUACGCACAGACUGUACAAAUAGUAAUAGAAAAUGGACCGCGACCUAUUCAAAAAUUUGGAAAAACUAUGAAGACGGUGGUUAACAUGUUCCUAUGCGUGACACAACUUGGUUUCUGCUGCGUUUAUUUCGUAUUCAUAUCGGAAAAUCUGAAACAGGUUUGUGAUUUCUACGGAUACGAGCUGGACGUCCACUUCCACAUGGCAAUAAUCCUAUUGCCGAUCCUAUUGACUGCGCUGAUAAGAAAUCUGAAGUACCUGGCCCCGUUUUCGACUUUCGCAAACAUCUUGAUGUUUGUCGGUAUCCUCACGUGUCUGUACUACAGCUGCCUCGACUUGCCAAAAAUUUCGGAGAGGAAAUACGUUGCCAACUGGCAACAACUUCCCCUUUUCUUCGGCACAGCACUCUUCGCUUUCGAAGGAAUCGGUCUGGUACUGCCUCUUCAGAACGAAAUGAAAGAACCCAGGAAGUUUAAGACUCCAUUUGGCGUUCUGAAUGUUGGAAUGACUUUUGUGAUUAUUUUGUAUUUGAUGGUGGGAUUUUUGGGUUACUUGAAAUUCGGCGAAGAUAUUAAAGGCAGUGUUACCCUUAACCUGCCUGAGAGUGAUAUCUUGGCUCAAUCAGUAAAAAUAAUAAUUCCACUGGGCAUUCUAUUGACGUACUCUCUACAGUUCUACAUUGCGGUGGAAAUUACGUGGCCAACUGUGUUGAAUUUCAUUGGACCAGUGAAGUAUCCUGUAAUGGCCGAACUAACUUUUAGAUCUUUACUUGUAUUAGUUACCUUUGUUUUGGCGGAGGCUAUCCCGUUCCUGGGCCUAUUCAUAUCCUUGGUGGGAGCAGUAAGCAGUUCUGCGCUGGCGCUGCUGUUCCCCCCUCUACUAGAAAUUGUGAUAGACUACACUAGUGAUAAUUUGCGCGCGUCUUGCGUCAUCAAAAACAUUGUGAUAAUGUUGGUAGCCCUGUGCGGAAUGGCCACUGGCGGCUACGAGAGCAUACACUCAAUCAUUAACGCGUUCAGUGAACAAAGUCAUUGAAAUUGAAAGAAAAAUAAAGACUGUUAGUCAAACAAUUUGACACUAAAAGGGCGCUAGUGAUGUUUUUUAUAGGUUUUAAUAUUUUAUUUAUUCUGUACAUGUGUAUUAUAUAAACAAAUCUCUUAACGUGCAGUAUUUUAUUGAAUUUUAUUUUUUUAUUAUUCUUGAUAGUUUGUUUUUUAUUUUUCCUAUUAGGCAGUUAGAUCUCUUAAUUAUUUUUAGUGAAUUAAAUUUAAGACGGAAUAAAG